UUGUGUGAUGAUAAAGGUUUUGCUUAUGACUUUGAAAUCUACUCCGGCGCAGAAAAUGAUCCUGAGUUGAGGCUGCCCGACGAAUGUGAUUUAGGAGCGAGUAGCAACAUUGUUGUACGCCUAUGUCGCAGUGUUCCAAGAAAUCAAAAUUAUAAGAUCUUUUUCGAUAAUUAUUACACGUCUCCUGAAUUGAUUUCUUACUUGUCUAAAAAAGGCAUUCAUACAUUAGGCACCGUGAACAAGGGUCGUAUGGGGAUGACUUUGAAAAUGCCAUCUCAAAAAGAAUUGACGGCCGCUAAAAAGCCGCGCGGCUAUUCAGAAGGAUGGGUGGCUACUGUUGAUGCAGUACCAGUCUCAGCAGUGCUGUGGCUAGACAGCAAAUCUGUUGUUCUCGCAUCUUCUUUUGUCGGUGAACAACCUAAAUAUAAAUCUACCAGACGACGACUUAAGAGAUUGCUUAAUCAUACAAGAGUUACAAGAAGGUUACGUACAGAACUAAUUAUAGCGAACAAAGAGGUGGAAAAUUUAAACGUAACAAAUAGAAAACUUAACAAAAAAUUUUUAGAACAAGAGAAAAUUACAAAACUCUACAAAAGUGUUAGUAUCUACGACGUAAAAUUGAGAAAAACAGCCAAUAACUCCUAUAACUCAACACCUUUAAGUAAACCCAAAAAACAAAAUAGGAAAAGUUUAAAGUCAGAUACACGCCAUAGUUUUGAAUGUGUUGAACGAAUAAAGCUUAAAGAAACACUGCCUGCUACUCAACCUGAAAAAUUUGUAAAUGGUGGAAACCCCUUUUAUGUCGAAUCCCUAACCUCAAAAAUUAAGACUAGUGAAGAAACUUGCUAA